AUGGUGAGCAAAUAUCUCUCUAAUAAAGAUAAGAACAAGAUAGUGCAGUUUUUUCUUGCAAACUUGAAGAAUGAGAAGCCUAGAUAUGGAGCCAUGAAGGAGGCUGCAUCCCUCUUCAACUCUUCCCAUCGCAACAUUACUUGUCUUUGGGUGGCUGCGAAGAAACAAAAGGAAAAUGAUGAGGAAAUAUAUCUAACAAGUGCCAAACCAGGGGCUACUAGAAGAAAAAGAGUUAGCGUCGACAUAGAGCUAAUUCAAAGCCUAGAGCUACACAAAAGAUCAACAAUUCGACGACUUGCAGUGAGGAUUAAUCAAAGCAAAAACACGGUUUGGAGGUGGGUAAACAAGGGGCUGAUCAGAGCGCAUUCUAGUGUUAUUAAGCCUGAUCUCACAGCCCCAAAAAAGUUUCAGCGACUGCAGUUUUCAUUAGAGGCAUUGGAAUUUGAUCGCACUAUGUUGGCUUUGAAGUUUAAGGCUAUGGACAACACCGUUCACAUAGAUGAAAAGUGGUUCUACAUCACAAAGGCCAAUAUUUUCAGAUUCGGGGAAUGCUUAUUUGAUGGGAAGAUUGGAAUCUUUCCAUUAACGGAACAAGUUCCUGCCAAGAAGAACAACAAAAACAGACCAGUGGGCACACUAGAAACCAAGGAGGUCAUGAAAGGCUGCUUCAUAAACAAGGACUCAGACCCCGAUUUUAGAGCUGCAGCCACUGCGCAAGGAUUCGAUAUAAGAAUAGUUCAUCAACCACCAAACAGUCCGGACGCAAAUGUGAACGACUUGGGAUGGUUUAGAGCUAUUCAUAGCAUUCAAACCGAAUCUACGUGUUACAACUGUGAUGAUCUUGUCAAGGCAGUUGAAGAAUCUUAUGCACAAUUAUCUCCCCAUACACUAAACAAAGUGUUUCUAAGUUUGCAGUCAUGUAUGGUGGAGAUAGUGAAAUAA